AUGAGAGAUACAGUCAUAGAAGUAAAUGGGAGCCACCCAUCGUUUGCUGCUGCCACGCGUUGCACUUCGCCCGCCACCACCACUGCAGCAUCGCCCCUCACCCCCCUCCUCACCUUCGCCCUGCAAGCAGCCCGCACACCCCUCCCCCUGACCCGCUGCCACUGCCCCCACCCGCCCUCCCUCCGCCUCAUCUCAUCCUCCUCUUCGCCCGCCAGCUCAGCACGUGAUGACUCAGUAGCCAGCCACGUGGCAGCAUCUGCUUGGCAGACCGCAGCGAGCCUCCUGCGCUGGCCGGGUGGCCAUCAUGACCCGGCCGUGCUGUGGGCGGCAGGCUUGUCUGCAUCUGUGCUGACGCGUGCACUGCUGGGCGGCAGGUUGUAUGAACAGUCAGGACGUGCAGAGGGCAGCAGCGAAGAGCAGAUGGGUAUUCGGGGGGGUGACGGCAGGGCGGGUGGGGGGGAGGAGCAGGUGGGAGGGUCGCAAGUCGUCAUGGCAGCAGCGUGGGAGGCAGUGAGGUGGAUGGCAGCAUUCUGCCACGUGGCAGUGUGUGACUCAGAGGGGGGUGUGACUCUAAUGAAGGCGAAGGAGGCAGGGCAUGUGGGAAGGCAGGCGAGAGCGAAGAGAACAAGGGAGGGGCGGGCAGUGGUGGCGGUGUGGGGCGAGGAGGGGGAGGGUGGGGGGGGGGAGCAGUUGGGCAUGCAGGCAUGGAGGCGGUGGCAGCGCUGGCAUGCUUUAACCUUCGAUUGCUCCUCUCCCCCCAACCCCCUCAACGUUCUUCCCACAUGCAGCGCUCACCUGGUCGCACUGCUCGCUCCCUCCUCCCACGCCACACCUCACCCCACUGCUGUCUCCACCGCACCCUCGCCCGCACCCACCACCCCCCUGCACCCGCCCACGGCUCACGCCCUGCUCGCUGCGCUGCUCGCCCUGCUCUCCUCUCCCUGCCCCGCCCUCGCCUCCCUCUCCCACACCGCCCUCUCUCAAGCACUCACAGCAGCCAUCACCCGCCCUGCCACCUCGUAUGAGGUGCGGGGCACAGGAGGGGAUGGGAGUGAGGGUGGUGAGCGCGCAGCAAGCAGGGCAGCACCCAGUGUCCUCCGUGACCACAGCAGCGCUGCAGGGGAGAGCAGCAGUGGCGGGUGCAGGGCAGAGGGAAGGGCAUGGGAGGGCGGCCACGAGCCUAGUCUGAGUGGCCUGGCAGCGGCUGCUGUGCGCCAGGCCUCCCUGGCGUGCCGCCUCUGCUCGCGCUCCGCCCCUCGUCACUCCUCUGCAGUAUUUCUCACUGCUGACAUGCCAGUACAGGAGGUGAAAGCUGCGAUGAAGCUGCUGGUGGUGGCAGCGCUGGCGUGUGAUGGGCGGGGAGGGGAGGCAGUGCGGGCGGAGGGGGGCGUGCAGGCUGUGGGACUCGUGGUGGUGGCACGCGUGGCUCUGUGGACCAAGGGGGGCGCAGGGGAGGGCAGGGGCAGGGGGAGGAGGACAUGGGGGAGUGGGGAGGCCAAUGUGGGGGUGGGUGCUGACAUCAUGCUGCUGGCUCAUGAGUGGCCGGACAUUCCUCAUGCGCCUUACUGUGCUGACGUCACAGCAUGGCAAGGCGCUGACGUCAUCCUGUUCUCUGCCCUGACAGCCCUUCUCGCCCUCCUGCAACCCGCACAGCCGUUACCAUCGCACCCCUCAUCCCCUCUCUCCUCUGCCUCCUCCCUGCCAUCCCUCACACCCACAGCAGUGCCACCAGAGUCACUGUCGCCCUCCCCUUCUUGCGCCCUCCUCCCUGCGUCCCUCAUCCCCUCACUCACUCGUCUCCUCCAUCCCGCAUCGCCUGCCGGUCUGCGCUGCCUCGCUGCCCGCUGCCUCUCGCUCUGCCGCUCCCUGCCCCGCCCUCCCCCACACCGUGCCACACUGCCUGCCACUGCCCAGCACCCCUCUCACCACGCGCCCUCGGCACACAGUGAGCCCCCCUCACUGGGCCUGCCGUCUGCUGUUGGUCGUGACAUCUGCUCUGCUCUCACCUACCUCUCCCCUUCCCCCUCCUCCGCCUCCUCCCCCGCCCAUGCCGCCUCACACGCUCACUUCACUCCGCUCACACCAUCCCCAGCCAGCCCCAAGGCGCACGUGGCGUUCGUCCUCUCGCACCCCUCUGCACCCACUUCCACCGCUGCCGCCUCCCCACUACGAGUGGUGGCACAUGCAGCAAUCAUCGCUGCCCGCUGCCCCGCCCUCCUCUCGCCUCUGACCGCGCCCUCUGCCCCUACCCACGCCUCCCCCUCUGGCCCCCCGCAUAGCACCCCCUCUCUUCCUGUUCAGGGAAAGGAUGACGGGGUGAGUGGGCAAGGGGUGGAAGGGCGGAGAGGAGAGGGGGCGGAGGGAGGCAGGGGGGUGGUGAGGGAGGUGCGGCUGGGGAGGGGUGUGAGUGCUGAGACGUUCAGUCAGCUCUUGGAGUAUAUCUACACGGGACAGGUGUCGCUCUCUCAUUGGCCGUCCAAGGAUCUGCUGCAGCUGGCCAAGAAGUGCCUAUUGGAUGGGUUGGUUGCACUCCUCCGAUGUGAUUGGCUGAUCUGGGACCGCGAUGAUGCGAUGGGGUGUGAUCUGACGUCAGCACUUGGUCCUGCUGGGCUGCCUUGGAGCGACAUUGCGCUCUGUGUGCCAUGCGCACGCCACGCUCCCCAAUCCCCCGCGCACCAACCGCCCGCAAGCCGCAGCAGCCGUGGGGGAGAGGCGCAGCGCGAGGCGUGCGGGGGCCCAGCCGUGGAGGGCAGUGGCGAGGAAGAGGGCGGGCAGGGGGGCGUGUGGCGGUGUGUGCGGGUGGCGGCACACCGCUGUGUGCUGGGGGCGCGCAGCCAGUACCUGCACGCCCUGCUGCACUGCGGCAUGCGUGAAAGCUCUCAGCACGAGGUGCAUCUGCCACCGCUGCCCCUACCAGCGCUCAUCGCUCUCCUGUGCUUUCUCUACUCCGCCCGCGUCUCCUUCCUUCCCCUCCCCCUCUCUCCCCAUGCCACCCUCACACCCACCAACCUCAACCACCCAACCCCCACCACUGCUGCUGCGAGCCCCAGCUGGCAUCACCGCGCUCCUGUGCCAAUCUCCUCUGUGCGCCUGCCCCCGCUCACGCUCACCACUCGUCUGCUCUCCGCAGUGCACCUUGCAUCGCUCGCCCACCAGUGGAUGCUACCCUCUUUGCACCAUGCUGCCUUGUGCUACGUGGCAGCACGCCUGCGUGCCACCUGGCAUGACCCAGUCAGCGGCGGGCCGUGUGAGAGUGCUGUUGACUGCAGUGAUAGCAGCAGCAGGAGCAGCACGGGCAGCGCCGCCGACUCUGGCACGGAUUGGGCCCGGGAGGGCCCAGUGGCACCGUGGGCGGCAGGGGAGGCGGUGGUGCGGGCGGCAUGGGCGGCGGGGCAGUGGGAGAUGGUGGGGGAGGCGGUGAGCAGCCUGGCGCCAUGGUACCCCGCCAUGCGCCGCACCGCCUGCCUGCACCGCCUGCCACCGCAGGUGCAGAGCGCUGUCAGGGAGGCGCACGUGCGCUUGCUCACUGCUCCCCCGUGA